AUGUCGUCGUCAUCUUUGAACACUACAGAUGCUCUUCUUGAAGAAGCUGCUCAAUCCACUCUCAACUUGGAAAACGAACAAACAGAAACAACCGUGCCAUCAAGCUUUUACAUUCCAAAUGAAGCAGAUGUUUUUACAGUGUUCAUCAAGACUCUCUCGGGAAGCAAGUUGAAAGUACAAAUUACAAAAGGAGACUCUACAAUAGAAAUUAAACAAUUGCUUGCUGAGUGCAUUGAAACUUGCUACAUGACAAAUUACGAGUUCAAAGUGAAGGGAAAAACAUUGAAUGACUUUUCCGAAAUUGCAGACUAUCCAGAAAUUGUAGACGGAGUUGAAAUUACAAUGAAUGCCUUACCAUAUGAUGCUAAAUCUGCUCGCGUUCACGUGUACCGCCUCAGAGAACUUCUCUAUUCCAAGGUGAAUGAAUUAUAUUUGAGUACGGGAAUUAUCCACUCUUCUUCCAAACAUACUCAACAUUCGUAUCCUUCCUUCAUUAAUUCUGUGCAGUCGGAGCCUUACAAUGAUUUGGGUCAUGCAUUGAAUUGCGACUUGGAGUUGCUUCAAUUGGAGGGACAACCCAUGAGCCUCAACGCAUUCACUGCUUCAGCCUCUUCUUCUUCAGAGGAAGGAAAGAAGAAGAAGAAGAAGAAAUCAUCAUCGAGUACUGCUUCAACAAAAGUGGAUCGUGUUGAAUUGAAAACAUCCGUUCUCAUGGAUGAAGAGGAAAUGGCACAAGGAGAACCAUCCGGAGCAGAAAAUAAGGGAGCUGCUUCUAGUAAUGGAUCCGAAACGAGUGAAAAGAAACAAGGUUUUACAAACAAGAUUAGUGUUGUGGAAUUACCUCACACUCCUGAUGAAUUGAAUACCAAGAAUUUAUAUGAUCCAGAAUCAUUCAAAAUGGCAUCUUUGGAACCUAUUAUUAUGCUUUCCAAUACUGACCUUCCAAAAUGUUUGAAGAGUAUUACAUUCUCUGCAUGGAAUCCUGUUCCAGAGAGCAGAAAGUUGAAGGGAGAUUUGUUCUACUUACAAGUCGAAACUUUGGAAAAUACCAUUGUGCAUCUCACAGCCAAUGCAUCUGGAUUCUAUGUGAACGGCACGAAGGGAAGUAAAUUCAAUCCAAUGCCUGCAAAUAAGCCUCACAAGAAUCAAACCUUAUUGGGACUAUUGUGUGAUAUUUCUCCACUCUUUAGAACUAAUUUCCCAAAACUUUUGAGUGCUCGACACAAGAAGCAUCCUUUCGAAGUCACUCCAGUUCCAUUCUCAGUCAAUCAAUGGAUUAACAUUGAGGAAAAGCAUGAAUAUGAUCCAAAUAGAGCAGAAGAAUCAUUCUUUACCAUGCUUGGAGCUGAUCCACGAAUUCAACAACGAGAAUGGAAUGAAGAGUAUCAGAGCUGCAAGGAACUUCCUUCUGGAACCAUGGAAGACAGAUUGACUCGUGAUCGAACUCUUUUCAAGAUUCACUGUGAUUUUGUGGAUGCAGCUGUGAAGGGAGCUAAGGCAGUCGUUGAAAAGUAUCUCUCACCCAUUAAUCCCAUUGACAAGAAGACUUCACAGGUCUACAUUCAGAAUAAUAUUUUCUUUAGCUUCUCCAUCAAUAGCGAAGAUGCCAAGGAUGAGAAUGACAUGGAUAAAUUUGCCUAUCAAAAUGCCAACAAUGAUCUCAAGGGAGUGAUGGCUUUCAAUGAAGCUGAUGUUCGUGGAAUUCACACUUUAGCUUCUGCCAUCAUUGACUACAGAGGAUAUCGAGUAGUUGCACAAAGUAUCAUUCCUGGUAUUUUGCAAGGAGAUCAAGGUUCCAGACACGUGUACGGUUCCAUCGAUGAGGGUAAAUCUUUUGUCACUGAUCCCAAGUAUCACGCACUCAUGAAAGAAGCUGCAGAAAAACUUCAUAUUAAGGAACAUGUAGUGUUGGAUGAGACUGGAAAGGAGCAUGUUCUUGCUUGCCCAGCCGAAUGCAAGGGUAUUGUUGGUUCUGAUGGUCGUUUCUAUGUGUUGGACCUGAUCAAAACCACACCAAAGGAUGUCAACUUUCCUGAUGUCAAGACAGCCAUUUUGAGACCUGAACUCGUGCAAUUCUAUGUGGCUACUCAUUCUUCAAAGCAGAAUAUAGAAUCUACCUUGCCAGAGCAGCAAAAUGGAGCUGUGGAAAGUGUUGUUGCCAACGCAAACGAUUUGACAACAAGUGCCUCAGAAACCACUCCUACUCAACAAAGUGAGCCAUCUAUGGCAUUCAAUACUGAUGUCUUCUCUCAAAACAAGGUUGGAGGUACUGAAGAACAAACCCAACAAGACAAGGAAGAGGUUACCAAGCUUGCCAAAUAUCUCAUGGAAGUUGUCUUGCCAAAGUUUGUCAAAUCUUUCAGAGUUAAGGAAGAAAAUCCUUUUGAUGGUAAAUCACUCACAGAUGCCAUGCAUGAGAGAGGUAUCAAUAUGAGAUAUUUGGGUUCAGUAGCAACCAUGGCCGCUGAGAACAGCAUUCCUCAUCUUGUUUCGAUGAGUGAGCAAGAAAUGGUGACUCGAGUGGCCAAACAUAUUUUCAACAAGCACUUGCGAAAUGUUGAGGAAGGUAAUAUGGGUACAUUCAUUACCAAAUUCAUGAAUUUAUUAUUUGGAAGUAAUGUUCCAGUGGUGGAAGAAUCAAAGAAAUCAUCAACUGCACCCUAUGAAACACUCACUCAAACUCAACUCCUCUCACAAAUUAAGGAGGAAGUCAAGAAUCAUUUCAAGUACGAUUUACCAGAAGGUUACAUGACAAAAUUGCAAAAAAUCUCCACAGUGAGAAGUUUCUGCAUGAAAACAGGUGUUCAAAUUGCUCUUCGAGAAUAUACUCUCAAUUCUCCUGCUCCAUUCACAUCCAAUGAUAUCUUGGCUUUACAACCUUUGGUCAAACACAGCACACCACGAUCCAAGACAGCAUACAGUUUGUUAGAAGUUGGAAAACAACAACUCACAAAAGGUAACUUUGAAAAGGCAUUUGAAUUCCUUUCCCAAGCCAUUAUCAUGUUCCAACAAAUUAAGGGACCAAUGAAUAGUGAAGUGGCCACAUGCUUUAGUUACCUUGCAACCAUUCUCUUCAAUGCAUCAGAUUUACCACAAUCCUUUUUGCAUCAACACAACGCAUUACUCAUUUCGAGAAGAGUGAUGGGAAUUGAUAGUUCCAUUAUUUGUCAAAUUCAUCAAUUGCUAGGAUUGUUGUGCUUUAAUGUGGGCCAAGCUGAGUUUGCUUUAAAGCACUUUUUAAGAGCUAGGUACAUGCACUUGUUGUGUUGUGGAUUUGAUCACCCAGAUCUCGCUCAUAUCAUGCUUAAUAUUGCCAUGAUGUAUCAAGACAUGGGAGAUCUUCCACGAUCUCUCAAAUACUUGUUGGAAGUGUUGAGAAUUUAUAAUGUCACUUUGGGCGAAACAUCAGAUCAAGUAUGCACCACUCUCCAUGCCAUUGCCAUGACUCAUAACUUUUUGAGACAAUACAAAACAGCAGCAACCUAUGAAAGAAAGAAUUUUGUUAUUCUUAAGGAAAAGUAUGGUGAAAAUGAUGCAAGAACCAAGUCUUCUCAACAAUGGUUUGAACACUUUACUGGAAGAGCUGUUGCUGUCGAGAGAGAACUCAAACAGGGAGAGCAAGAAGCUAUGAAAUUGUGGAAUUUGCAACAAUCCAUGGCAGCCAAUCAAACCUUAAGCAAAAAGCCACCUCUUGAAAUUUUGAAUUUAUUGAAAGAGGAUGAGCAAAAGCUUUCCAAUUUAAUUUUCCCUCAACCCACCACAGAAAAAAAGACAUCUAAGUAA